GAAGUUUCGGUUUGCGGACCUUUAUUUUGAAGGCACACCGGAUGUGCAUUUGGUCAGUGGUCCCCGUUUGUGUGGAAACGCCAAUGGUUGAAGGCUCAUCUAAAAGCUAUUAUCUCUGUCCCCCAUGAACGGGAGACCUAACCGCCCAAGGAGAGGCAGGGGAAGGGCUCAGCAAGGGUGGAGACCUAAACAGGAAGAUGGUGAGCCGCGUGCUGGGAGACCAGAGUCUGAGUGUUGGGAGCCCCAAGGAUGGGGUCACCAGCAGGAGAGGAGACCCCAGUGGGACGAGCAACCAGAGCCAUGGAGUAGACCACAGCAAGAGCACUGGAGACCUCAAAGGGAGAAGAAUAGACAGUACAGGCAGCAGCCAGAGCAGGAUAGACAGCACCAGAACUGGAGGCAGAGGCCAGACCAGGAUAGACAGCAGCAGGAUGGGAUGCAGAAGCCCAAACAGGAUAGACAGAACCAGGGAUGGACACAACAGCCAGAGCAGGAGGAAGUCCAGAGGCCCAAUGCCAACCCUCAGGGCACCUGCAUGGCCAUGUGUCCCAAGCGCGAGCUGCAGGAUAGGGAGGCCCAGUGUCGACUUCACCGCUUUGAGAUGCUUGCAGGCACAGAGAAAGACAGACGGCCAAAGGCUGACACCGCUCGUAUGGUGAAAGAGUACUCCCGUCCGGCCGCGGGCAAGGAUGCCACCCAGCCCAGUGACCUCCGACCCCCCACUGUGCUGCUCAAAACAGUCUGCUACCUCAUUGAUGAGAUCGCUGGCUCCCCGUCUCUGCAGCCAUGGACUGAGGUGUACAGCUUUGUGUUCGACCGCCUGCGGAGCGUCAGGCAGGACCUGAUCAUCCAGCGGGCCUCUGGGCCAGAGUGCGUGGCCAUCCUGGAGCGCAUGGUGCGCUUCCACAUCUACGCCUCCCAAAGGCUGUGUGGAGAGCCGCUGCAGCUCUACGACCCCAAGAUAAAUGACACGCACCUACAGGAGAGCCUGAGCUGGCUGCUGGAGAACUACUGCCACGAGCUGAGCACACACACAGCAGGAGAUGUGCACGCACUAAGGGACUCGCAAGCACCAGAGAGCUCACAUAAACAGGGCGAGGGCACUCCCCAGAGCCAAUAUAAACACCAAGAGGAGUUUGAGGCCCUCAACCUGCUCUACAAUCUGGGCUGUGCGCGUGUGAUGCAGCACGCGUUGGAGCUCCCUACCCGUGUCCGCUCCUCCCCCACUGUGCUCCUGGCGCUGGCCGUGUGCCGGGCCUUCUGCGAGCGCAACCCCGUGCGCCUGCUACGCCUGGCCGGGCGGCUGGACUUCCUGCAGGGCUGUGCACUGCACCGCCACCUGCUGGCCAACCGCCGGCAGCUGCUGUUCCUGUACAGCCACGGGCACAGCAGCCGCAACUGCCGCUACCCGCUGGGCCACCUGGCCGGCCUGCUGACGCUGGGAGAGCCCCAGGCCGAGAGGCUGUGCCAAGCGCACGGGGUGACCGUCAGCGGCGAGUGGGUGGGGUUCAACAAGGCCGACUUCCUGGAGAUGCCCAAGGAGGAGGUGCGCUGUGCCACCACGCACAAGAGGGAGACGGAGUCUGAGCCGAAGGUGGCCUGCAUCAUUCAUGGCCGAGCCUGAGCCUGAGCCUGAGCGUGAGCGUGAGUGUGAGUGUGAGCCUGAGCGUCAGCCUGAGCGUGAGUGUGAGCGUGAGCCUGAGCCUGAGCCUGAGCGUGAGCGUGAGUGUUACUGUUACUGGGCUUUAACGAGUUUUGAGGAGCCUCCGCAGGAAUGUGCCACUCGGGACUUUUGCGGUGGCCAGAGGUGAGAGUGGAAGAGUUAUGGUGCUGUCUCUCUGUAUUGUUUUUGAAGAUGUUUGUCAUGUUUAUUUUUUUAAAACUCAUAAUAAAGACUGUGUUUGUUUA